AUGUCGAGGUUAGAGAAAGUCGCACAGGAAAUUGCCAAGUACGACUAUGUAAGAUUUUCCAUCUGUGAUCUGAACGGCAUGAGUCGUGGACAAGUGGUGGCUAGCCGUCAUUCCAAGAAAUAUCUGGAAAACGGAUUGGAAAUGUUCCAAGGUAUUUUGUUGCAUGACCCUAAGACACUGUUUUUGGACCAUAUAAAGUAUAACUUUGGCAGCGCAUUAAUCGUUCCUGACCUUGCUACUCUGAGACCCAUUCCCUGGGCUCCAGAGGGAGUGAGGGCUGUUGAAUUGCUGUGCGAGUCUCGAUGGAAGAUAGACAAUACCCCACAAGGGGCUUGUCCUCGUUACGCUGCAAGAAAACAGCUCCAGAGGUUAGAUGAUCUGGGAUUAAAGUUUUAUUCUAGCCAUGAAAUUGAAUUUCAACUACUUGACGUUGCCAAACAGUGGAUUGCUGGUAUUCUGAAGCACAGUAAAGCUCUCAGUGCUUUUGCCAGCCCCACGGUCAACUGCUAUAGAAACUUCGACUGCCAACUGAAACCUACAACUCCUUGCUGGGGAGUAGAGGAUCGAGCAGCAUGCCUCCGCAUUAAGAACGAAGGUCCUUUGAAAACAUACAUCGAGAACAGACUUCCGACUGGCAAAUGCAAUGCAUAUCUGGUUGCAGCAUCUACUAUUGCUGCUGGACUGGAUGGUGUCAUCAAGAAGAUGGAGUGCCCACUCCCAGGGACAUCAGAGCAUGAUCAAUCUCUCCCCCGUUCCCUCGCUGAAGCUCUGGAUGAGCUGGAACAGGACGAGGAUCUGAGUGAUGCCUUAGGGAAAGAACUGGUGGCAUGGUUUGUCCAGAGCAAGAGAGAUACAGAAAUUGCCAAGUAUGAAGAUGUCGAGGCUGACGAAGAAAGGUUUACUUUAGAAAAAGAAGACUACCUCUGA